AUCGUUUUCUCGUUGUACAUACUGCAGUUCACAGCAUCAAUGUAAAAGAAUGUCCUAUGUGAUCAACUCUGAAACAACACUUGUUCUGGAUACCAUUCAGAGUUGAAAGAUUUUACAAGUGGGAUUUGGGUGUCAUCGUUCCAGUCCGACAACUAGUCAGAUGUCUCUUUGUAUAAUUACCUUUGCUGGUUUGCCAGUCGGCAGCAUUUGAGGUUUAAAUGUAGUUUGUCCAAGUGGCGUUGCCGUACAACAUCCGCGGCUCAUCUUCCCCAUCAGAUUUAUUGAUGCAAGCUCGCCAAUUUGUAACCUCCGAAAUUACCAAACGGAUUGAAGACUCCAUCACCAAUUUGAUAGCCUAAAACAUCAUUAGUUAAACCCUCGUGUCCGGUUAUACUCGUGUCGACGCAAGUUGAAGCCUUUCGAACUAGCUUAGCUUAGCUUGCUAGCCGCUAACAAAGAGACACUUGAGUUGGCAACACCUCACUCAGCAGAUAUCAAUUGUGAGUGUAAAGUGUUGUGUUUAACGUGUGAAAAUGUGUGCAAAAAGUGUGAAAGAAAAUGAGUACGAAACGGACGUCUCGCUGACAAAAGAGAACGAACGUCAUCAACUGGACGCUGUUUCCAAGUCGCCUCCAGUUGUGGUACGCAGAGGAGAUGUCAGUGAUGGGGAUCUUUGUGCUGAGUCCCCCCAUAUCAAAGAUGAGGAACCAGAUAUUGCUCAUACCAAAAAGGAAGGGCCGCCCGAGUACACUUGCAUUAAAGAAGAAGAGCAGGAGGACGAUAUAACCAAGUUUCGAUUGCCUGGUGUCAUUAUGAAGAGUGAAGAAAGUGAUGCAGAGCACUGUGGAGCAUCACAAUCAGAUUGCCUUUUGGCUCCACUAUCAGGCAGUGAUGACAUCACAUCACACUUUUUAAAUGAUGAUGAUAAUGAAGAUGAUGAACAGUCUAAAGGUGAUAUGACAUGUCACACUGACAACAAACGUGUCCGGUGUUCUCACUGUGACAAAACUUUUCACAAAAGGUCAUUGUUGAAAACACACGUAAGAAUUCACACUGGAGAAAAACCUUUUGCCUGCUCAGACUGUGGUAAAAGAUUCUCUUUAAAGACCAAUUUAACGACACACACAAGGACACACACAGGAGAAAAACCUUUUGCGUGCUCAGAUUGUGGUAAAAAAUUCUCAACAAAGACACAUUUAACAAGACACACAAAAACACACACUGGAGAUAAACCAUUUUCCUGCACAGUUUGUGGUCAAAGAUUCUCCAUCAAGACAAAUUUAACACGACACUCAAGAAGACACGAUGCAGAAAAACCUUUUGCCUGCUCAGUGUGUGGUAAAAGAUUCACUCAGAAUGGAGAUUUAAUGAUACACACAAGAACGCACACCGCCGAAAAACCUUUCACUUGCUCAGUUUGUGGUAAAAGAUUCUCUCGACAUGGAAUUUUAAAAAUACACACAAGAACCCACACCGGAGAAAAACCUUUUGCCUGCUUAGUUUGUGGUAAAAGAUUCACUCAGAAGGGAGAUUUAAGAAUUCACACAAGAACGCACACUGGAGAAAAACCUUUUGACUGCCCCAUAUGUGGUAAACAAUUCUCUGGAAAGUCAGGUUUAACAAUACACACAGGAACACACACCGGAGAGAAACCUUUUGCUUGCUUAGUUUGCGGUAAAAGAUUCUCUUUAAAGACACAUUUAACAUCACACACAAGAACGCACACUGGAGAAAAACCUUUUGGCUGCUCAGUUUGUGGUAAAAGAUUUGCUCGAAAGUCCAACUUAACAGCGCACAAAAGAAGACACGCUGGUGAAAAACAUUUGCCGGCUCAGUUUGUGGUAGAAGAUUCUCUUUAAAGACACAU